AUGCUGUGUUAUUCGUGGAGUGAGCUACAAGAAUUUAAUAGAGAGAGGUUUGGAAGAAGCUUUACAUAUUAUAGUCGAGUAAAAAAUGUCGCCUGUGCUGCCUGUGGUGGUUGGGCUACGGCUCGGAUGAGAGUAGGUCAGUGCACUCGCGGAAAGUUCACGGUAUUGAUUUUAUUGCGCACGCCCCAAAAUAUAAAUGGGCACUGGGCUAUGAAGUGUCCCUGGCCGAUGAUUGCGCCCGAUUUCAUACUACUCGUUGUAGACGAGUUACAGUACAUCGAUGUCAUUCCUGCUCUGCAAUACUUAUAA